UACUCUUACAAAUAUAAACAAGAUAUUUGGUAAAAUGUUCAGCAGACUUCUUCAUCCAUCAACAAUCUGUAGAAAUAUUACAAGAUUAAGCUAUUCUCAAACUGCUGCAACAAUUAAAGUUGGUGCCAAAUCAGAGGCUGUGUUUGCUAGAGAAGAGAAAUAUGGUGCCCAUAAUUAUGGUCCAUUGCCAGUGGCACUGUGUCGUGGAGAAGGUGUAUUUGUAUGGGAUGUAGAUGGUAAUAAAUAUUAUGACUUUCUCAGUGCCUACAGUGCAGUCAACCAGGGCCAUUGUCAUCCUAAGAUUAUUCAAGCCCUACAAGAACAGUCUAAAAUCUUUACUUUAUCUUCACGAGCCUUUUAUAAUGAUUUACUUGGUGAAUAUGCUGAAUUUAUUACCAAAUUAUUCCAGUAUGACAAAGUUUUACCAAUGAACACAGGUGUGGAAGGUGGAGAGACUGCAUGUAAACUUGCCAGGAAAUGGGGCUACCAAGUGAAGAAAAUUUCUGAUAAUAAGGCCAAGAUAAUUUUCGCUGAUGGUAAUUUCUGGGGUCGAACAUUAGCUGCUAUUUCUAGUUCUACAGAUCCUUCAAGUUUCUCUGGUUAUGGACCUUUUAUGCCAGGUUUCUCUGUUGUUCCAUACAAUGAUAUUCCUGCUUUAGAGAAAGAACUACAAGAUCCUAAUGUUUGUGCGUUUAUGGUUGAACCUAUACAAGGUGAAGCUGGUGUAGUGGUACCAGAUCAAGGUUAUCUUACUAAAGUUCGUGAAUUAUGUACCAAACAUAAUGUUUUAUUUAUUGCUGAUGAAGUACAAACUGGUCUAGCCAGAACCGGAAGGAGAUUAUGUGUGGACCAUGAAAAUGUACGACCAGAUAUGGUAAUAUUGGGUAAAGCUUUAUCUGGUGGAGUUCUACCUGUAUCUGCUAUAUUAGCUGAUGAUGAUAUUAUGUUAACUAUAAAACCAGGAGAGCAUGGAUCAACAUUUGGUGGUAAUCCUCUAGCUUGUCGUGUUGCUAUGGCAGCAUUAGAGGUGUUAGAAGAAGAAAAGUUGGCAGAAAAUGCUGAAAGACUUGGUGAAGUAUUAAGAAAAGAGUUGUCUACUCUACCUAAAGAUAUUGUUAGUGUAGUUAGAGGAAAGGGAUUAUUGAACGCUAUUGUAAUUAAUCCCAAAUUUGAUGCAUGGGAAGUUUGUCUAAAGUUACGUGAUAAUGGUCUGCUGGCCAAACCAACCCAUGGUGACAUUAUACGAUUUGCCCCACCUCUAAAUAUAACCCAGUCACAAUUACAGGAAUGUCUGAAUAUCAUCAAGAAAACUAUACUAGCAUUUUAAUAAAUAUCACUUUUUAUUCCAUUGAUACCAGCUAUCAGAAGACAGUAAACCUAAACGAAAUCCAUAAUAGCAAUUACCUCCUUAUUUAGAAUCUUCUUGAACGACUAUGUUAUUGACAUUGUUAAGACAUUUGUAGAUGUUUAUUAUAUUGAAUAUAUUGAUAGGUUUAUUUUGCCAAUUUUAAGUGGGUUUUUUUUUAAUGUUGUGGAUUUAGUGUAAUUGAUAAUGAAGUUUAUUUUUUGAAUAUUUAUUGAAAUGAUAUUGUAGAAAGAACAUUCCUUAGUUAUUUAUUUUUUUUUUUAAAUUUGAGAUAUAUUAGGAACAGUGUUAUAUUCUGUUCUUAUAUAUUUAAAAAUAUCAUUAGUAAUCCUAAUAGAAUAUGACUUAAGAGUAAAAGCCAGACCGUUUCAGUAAGAGUAGAACUUUAUUUCAAUCUGGCUAAAUAAUAAUUGGAAUUGGAAUAAUUGAAUUAACCAUUAAGAUUUCAAGAACUUUGAUUAGGAUGUGGAAUGUUUAUUAGUGGCGUAAUUGACAUAAAACAAGAGCCAUGUUUUCAAAUAGAUGAACCCAUGUACAGUCAAUUUUACCUAUUGCCUUAGAUGGUUAAAUGGAUAUAAAGAACGAAUUAUCACAUUAUUACUCCUUUAAACUAGAUCUGUGAUUCUUUAGAUACUCUAUUAUAUUUGUCUCUAUAUGUUGCUUUUAUCUUUUUUGUAUUUCCAUUUAAGAUUCUAGUCUGUACAACAUUGUUGAUCAAUUGUAAAAUUUCUUUCAGACCCAUGUUAAUUUUUAGUGCCAUUGCUUGUCUUUUCUUGUAGAUGAGCACAUAAUAUUGAUAGUGCUAGCUUGUGUUCAGUGCUUUUAUGAUAUAAUAUACAUAAUUAUCUAAUU